AUGAGGAACUCCGGGUGCAAGUUCGUGCACGUGUCGCGGAACCCAAAGGACAUGUUGGUGUCGAUGUGGCAUUUCUACAACAAGAUUGUAAGACUCAACCCAACGAUGCCUGCUGCCUUGUUCCCGAUGGAGGGAGCAGUGGAGAGCUUCUGCAAUGGGGUUCUGCCUUUCGGGCCCUUUUACGAACACGUGGUGGGCUACUGGGAAGAGAGCAAGAAGCGGCCGGACAAGGUGUUGUUUCUCAAGUACGAGGAGCUGCGUCGAAACCCCAAAGAGCAAGUGAGGAAGCUGGCUUCAUUUCUGGGGAAGCCGUUUUGCACAACGACGGCGACCGAUGGAGAUGAUGAUGAUGAGGUGGUGGUUUAG